AGCUCUUGUGUUUUGGUUGGUCGGGAGAAGCAGCUCUGUGAUCUGAUUGGUUCUCCGGGCUUUUCCGGGAAACAUGGCGGCUGUGAGAGCCUUGAGGAGUUGCAACCGGUCAUUCGUCCGUCUGGCCAGUUUUAGACAGCUGACCUCAUGUAACCGGUUUUUGCUGAUAAAAUCAUGCAAACAACAACCUCAUUCUUCACAUCUGCAAACUUCACAGAUCAGAUACUUCAGAACUAUUUCAGCAUUGAAUGGUCAGAUUGUACAGUUCAAGUUAUCAGACAUUGGAGAAGGAAUCACAGAGGUGACGGUGAAAGACUGGUAUGUGAAAGAAGGCGACACAGUGUCACAGUUUGACAGUAUCUGCGAAGUACAGAGUGACAAGGCUUCAGUGACGAUCACCAGCCGCUAUGAUGGGGUUGUUCGGAAGCUGUAUUACAAUGUGGAUGACACAGCAUUUGUGGGGAAGCCUCUGGUCGACAUUGAAACGGAUGUUCUGAAAGAUGGAGCUCCAGAAGAGGAUGUUGUGGAGACUCCUGCUAUAUCUCAAGAGCAUACACACCAAGAAAUAAAGGGACACAAGACUCUAGCAACUCCAGCUGUCAGACGCCUUGCCAUGGAGAACAAUAUAAAACUAAGUGAAGUAGUGGGCACUGGACGAGAUGGACGUAUCCUAAAAGAAGACAUUUUAAACUUUCUGGCCAAACAAACAGGAGCCAUAUUGCCACCCUCUCCAAAAUUGGAGAUCAUACCACCUCCUCCUAAAGCAGAGAUCUCCAAGUCAUCCCAGAUACCGAUAACCCCUAGUAUUCCUGUGACAUUUACUAAACCCAUCACAUUCUCUGGAAAGGAUGUGACAGAGCCGUUGAAAGGGUUCCAUAAAGCCAUGGUGAAGACCAUGUCUGCGGCAUUAAAGAUCCCUCACUUUGGGUAUUGUGAUGAAAUUGAUAUGACCAAACUUGUCCAGCUGAGAGAGGACCUGAAGCCUUCAGCGGAAACACGAGGGGUCCGUCUGUCAUUUAUGCCCUUCUUCCUCAAGGCAGCCAGUCUGGGUUUACUGCAGUAUCCAGUCCUCAAUGCCUCUGUGGAUGAAAACUGUCAGAAUAUCACGUAUAAGGCUUCUCACAACAUUGGGGUUGCUAUGGAUACACAAAGAGGUCUGAUUGUUCCAAAUGUGAAGAAUGUACAAGUACGAAGUAUAUUUGAAAUUGCUGCUGAACUUAACCGACUACAGGCCAUGGGUGCCUCGGGGCAACUGGGGGCUUCCGAACUGACAGGGGGAACUUUUACACUAUCCAACAUUGGUUCUAUUGGGGGUACCUAUGCCAAGCCUGUUAUAUUGCCUCCAGAAGUAGCUAUUGGUGCUAUUGGAAAAUUGCAGGUAGUUCCACGGUUUGACUCAAGAGGGCAGGUUGUGAAAGCUCAAAUCAUCAACAUUAGCUGGUCUGCAGACCACAGGAUUAUCGAUGGAGCAACCAUGUCCAGAUUCUCUAAUCUCUGGAAAUCCUACCUAGAGAACCCAUCUUCCAUGCUCCUUGAUCUAAAAUGAAAUGGAUGACGAAAAUGUAUUAUAUUUUCUCCAGGAACAGGAACAACAAGCUCUCUCCAAUAAAAACCUCAACAUGAUUUCCCUUUACUGUGGGAGGCACUUCAGCCUGGCUGUAUUGUCCUAUGGACAAAUGUGCACAAAUUACAGGCCGUCUAUCCAAUUCAAAGCGAACGCUCUUUAAUACUGUUUAGAAUUUUAAGUUUUUAGAUUCAAAUAUCUGGAGCUACAUUACAAGGUAUUGCUAGCCCAUCGAUCUAUGAAUGGCUUUAAGUGGAUCCUUCAAACACAUGUAUACAUUGGGCCUUACUAGAUAACUUGCAUAAGGGAGAGGAAGAAUGUAUGUCGUUUUUAAAUGCCGCUUAUAUUCUGCCUUUCAAUCAUAUGAUACACAAUGGGAGAAUAAGA